AGAAACCCCUGAAACUCAUUUCAAAUGUCUAGUUUCCAGAUUUCUUAUGGCUGCCGUUACUGUGGCAAUAUAAUCAGUUACAAAUCCUGCAAAGUAAAUGAAACAACCUAUGAUUUGAUAUUAAGCAAGACCUUCAACAUAUUGCCAGAGAAUAAGAUAAGGAUGACGAAUGGUGAAAAGUAUCAGAACCUGUAUUGCCUCAAGUGUCUCAUGGAAUUGGGUAUGCUCUGCUUGGAGAGUGAACAAAAUGGCCAACUGAAAGGACUUUCGCUGCUGGAGAAGGUACAUCUGGUGGUGUUCGACUCGUAUUAGGUGUCAUUGGAAAUGCCAUCAACGCAUGACUGAUGAAGCGUGUACGAAUAAAGUUUCCAAGAAACAAUUAAC